GAAGCGAGCAUGGAGGUCAGGAGGAACAGAAAGUGGUUCUGAAGUUUAGGGAGGACAGAGGAGUUGGGGAGAUGAGUCCGAUAAGGUUGACGGCUGUGAUAAAGGAGUUGAUUGGGGAAGUUGUAAUGUUAAUGUGUUAAGAGAUGUGAGCUUGGUGGUGUACUGUAAGGACAUGGCGCAGAGGGAAGCAAAUAGGGAAGUGUAUGGUGGUGUCGAGCAGCGGGGAAGGAUUGGGGAGCUGGGCGUUCCUCAUUGAGGACCAUGUAUGUUGCAUUGAUCCGAUCUGUAAUAGACUAUGGUAGCAUAGGGUAUGGUUCGACAGCCCGGACAUCAUUGGAAAGGCUAGAUGUCAUACAGGGACAAGGACUCAGAAUAUGUAGUGGGGCCUUUUGGACAAAUCCCAGAGGCUGCACUACAGGUGGAGAUGGGGGAUAUAUGCCAUUGCAGAUUAGGAGACAGCAGCUGGCAAUGAAUUAUUGUCUCACCCUACAGGGACAUGGGGUGUCUCAUCCUGCAAAAGGGAUUUUACAGGCAUGCUGGGAACAUGAGCGACGACAGAACACAAGCUUUGGCAAGGUUUAAGGGAGUUAUACUCCAGUCUAGUAGGUGGCGCUAAUGCAACAUUUAUUGGAUACCAACUGCCCUUAAACCUCAUCAAAGAAAAGAAGGCUGAUCCAGCAUGGCGGCGGUUAAGAGACUCAAACGCGUGGCAGCGUUGCAGCCAGGAUUCAUAUCUUUUAAAUCGUCGGCCGAAUCAGAUGACUUGAGCAGUGGCCGGAGGAAGCGUGUGAAUAAGAAUAAGAAAAAGAAUUGGAACAAACACAGUGAUAUUCAAGAUGUUGAAGAGUUUUUGGAUGACGUGAGACUUCAGGAAAGAGCUACAGGAGGACUGAUAUCCGAGAAGCCAGAUGAUAGCCUGUUCUUUGUGGACAUCGGAGAGCAGAAAAAAAGUGUCCUGCCAGAAGUCCAAGAGAGAAAGAAGGGGAAGAAGUCAAAGUCACGUCCCCUGAGGAUAGACCUGAUCCUGCAGCAUGACUCCCUUGUCCCUCCACCUAAAGAUGUUUUGGCCUACCAGCAACCAAACGCAAAGAAACUCCGCCGCAUUGCAGAGAAUGCUGAGAAAUUGGCGGCCAUGGGUGUGUUGCCACGGAGACAGAAACGGCUCUUGAACCGCAGGCCGGCAACUAAAACGUCAACGGCAAAGGCGGCAGCCAACAACUUCCCAGACAGACCCUAUUAUGACUUGUGGGGAGGAGAGGCCAAAGAGACCGCAGAUCCUUACUACCUUGAGCAAACAGGGAAAAGGCGUGUGAAGCGACCAGAGAAGCUCAACGCAAAGCCCUCUAUUCUCCCGGCAGUGGAGGUCAUAGCCCCUGGAGGCUCCUACAACCCAGACUUCUUCUCCCAUCAGGCCUUGUUACUAGAGGCCCAUGAGGUGGAGGUGAAGAGGGAGAGAGCAGAGCUGAGAAUAGAGAGACAGCUGGCUGUCAAACGAGAGGAUACUGCCACUGAGGAGACAGUCUUCCAGGAACUAGUGGAAGGGUUAGUGGAGGAGGAGGAAGAGGAGGAAGAGGAGGAGGAAGAUGUUUCUAUUCGUGGUGGCUUGCAGCAGGAGAAAAAGACAGAGAAAGAAAGGAAGAGAGAGCGAGCCGACAAGAUAAAGUCACAACAAAAGCAGGCGGCAAGGGUGUUCACUGACAAGAAGCAGCAGCUCUUCCAGCUGCGCUCCAUCCAGGCGACCCUGAAGGGGCGGGAGCAGCGGACCAGAGAGAGGGUGGCCCAGCGGAAGGCCAACCAGGAGGCAGAGAAGUCCAUGCCCCGACGUCUCGGCAGACUCAAGUUCCAGGCUCAGGAUCUAGAGAUCCAGCUGAGUGAUGAGAUUCCUGGAUCCCUGCGGACACUCAAGCCAGAGGGCAGUGUCCUCAAAGACCGCUUCAAGAGUAUGCAAAAGAGGAACAUGAUUGAGCCCAGAGAACGAGCCAAGUUCAAGAGGAGACACAAGGUGAAGUAUGUUGAGAAGAGGGCCUUCAGGGAGAUCACCUAGAGACCAAACAACCAACCUAUGGAACUGUUCAGGACUGUGAUGUCACUCACAACACAGCACCCACUGCCACUGGGCGACAGCCAGCCAAAGAGCUACUAUUUGCCCCCUCAAAUGUCUCCAAUCAACUCGGCCCAUUUUAAGUCAGUGAUGGAUUCGCCACCCUUUUAAAUCUGUGUUGUUGGAAAAUAUUGAAGAUCCAAGUCACCACGAUUUGGAACAUUAUUUGCUGUGCAAUGGUAUUUUCACGCACCAGCCCAAUCCAGAUGGCGCCCGUCAGAUUCAGGGUCAGUUCUAAUGCAUUUGGAUAUUUAAAUGCACUGAUUCUGGGUCUGUCGGCAUCAGUUGGGGAUGUUAAAGUCUUCAGAAGGGGGCUCUCUCCCAGUUGGUGAUCUUGUCUUUCGUUCUUGCAAAACCAAGAUUAAUGCCCUCAUUAGAAAGAGUGGAUUCCUGAGUGAAUAACAAGGCUGUUAAUGGCAGACUAACGUUUAAAGCCACUUGUCAACAUGUGGACUUGGGUACAUUCGUUCAGUUAUAUCUGUUGUGUACAAAAUCACUUGAUUUGCUGUAAUUUGACUUGAUUUCAUUAAAGCAAGUUAAUUAAUGAAAUUGUUUUUACUCUGAUUAUGCUAUUUAAAUCUGUUUGUGCUUCUCAACAAAUAAGUCAUGCAUUAUUAAGGUGUCUAGUAUGAUUGCAAAGAAGUUUCAUAUGAUUUCUUAAAAUUGUCUCGACCACAAGUCUCCAGAUGAAAUUUGAAUUUGGCACCAGAAGUCUAUUCAACAGCUUAAAAACACAAUACAUUGUUGAAAUUGUAAAAAUAUUUUUUGUAUGCAAUGUUUAAAGGGUCUAGUUUACAUAGUGUAUCCAUGGUGCUUGUGGUAUAUAGAAAUAUCUUAGUGGUCAUGUGACCAUUACGAAAAUAGUGUCUCAAAUGUAUUAUUCAGUGCCUAUAGAAAGUACACUGCCCUUGGAUUUCUUCACAUUUUGUGUUACAUAGUGAGAUUCAAAUGGAUUUUAUUGUACAUUUUUGUCUGUCUACACAAAAUACUGUAAAAGUGGAUUAGAUUAGAUUUUUUAAGAUUCAUGAAAAAGAACACUACCUUGAUAAGUAUUCAUCACCCUCAGUCAAUACAUGUUAAACACUUUAACGGCAAGUUUUGGGAAAGUCUCUUAAGAUAUUUGGCUGUUCUUUUCACAAUUCUUGACUACAAAAUUGAAGUCUUGCCAUAGAUUUUCUAGCUGAUUUAAACCAACUGUAACCUGGUCACAAACAUUCACAGUCUUGGUCAGCAACUCCUGUGUAGAUUUGUGUUGUAGGUUGUCGCGCUGAAAGGUGAAUUCAUCUCCCGGUGUCUGGUGUGAAGCAGGUUUUCCUUUAUGAUUUUGCCUGUGCUGAGCUCCAUCCCGUUUCUUUUCAUCCUGAAAUACUCCCCAGUGUUCGCCAAUGUCAAGCAUACCCAUACCAUGAUGCAGCCACCACCAUGCUUGAAAAUAAGGAGGCAGUUAGUCAGUAAUGUGUUGGAUUUGCAUUUAGGCCAAAAAGAGUAUUCCUUUGCUGUUUUUGUAUAUUAUAUAUAUAUAUAUA